UGAGCUCAAUGUAAUUAAUAAUUUUACAAGCAAUUAUCAUUCUGUGCAACUCGAGUUUAUUAAUCAAUAUGAUGAAUACAAUGACAUUUUUCAGGUGAAAAAUGCGAGCUUCCAAUGAAUAAAACUUCCUAAUAUUGAAUUCCAUUGAAUGUUAACAAUUGCAUGAUGUUUUUUAAUUGCAAUAUGUCCAUAAAUGUCUAUGCUUGCAUGGGAAAAUUGGAAUACUUCUUGGAAUAUGAUUUUGAUUCGAUAAUCAGCAAAAUUCGAGUUAAAUUUGGAUAAUUCUGCUUAAUUAUGAUACCAACAUGCAAGUUUUCAUUGUUUUCAUUGUUAGUCGAAACGAUUUAUCACAAUAUGUUUUAAAGAAUCUCAGAGUUAAUAAGAAAAACUAAAAAAGCACUGAAUUAUCUUUGGGCAUUAUUCGGUAUUUAAAUGCUUGUGCGAGACAAGGAGUAGCAACAGACUUUCAUAGUUAGUUAAACAGUUGACUUGUGAAUUACAAUGAGAAUGUACGUUUUUGUUUUUCUUUUGUGUGCUCUUGUGGCUGUUGGACAGUCUGCUAAGGUUGAUGGACCUUGUCCAAUCAAGAUCACACAGAUUCAAACUUUUGACCAUCAAAGAUAUUUGGGUGGAUGGUAUGAUGUUUAUACUGGUUCCAACUCGUAUGUGAGGGAUUGUGGCAGUGAUUCGGGAUGUCAAGCGACCUACUAUCGUGCGUAUGAUGAUGAUACUCAUUCAUUCUACCUCAACUAUUAUUUCGGAUCGGAUUACACGGGUUUAUGCUCAUUCCCAAUCUACACAACUGAUACUGAUGUUGAUGCUCGUCUGUUUUACGAUACAGAUUUCACUAGUCUGUACAUUUUAGACACUGAUUAUGACAGUUAUGCAGUUGAAGUUGGAUGUUCCAAUGACGAUGGUCUUACCCAUGAAGAGAGAGUCUUUAUAAGAUCACGAAAUACGACUAUUUCAGACGAGUUACGAGAUCAAUUGGUCGAGAAGGUAGUUGAUUUUGGAUUUGCUGAACCAGAUUUGAUCGCUCAUAACUUUACUGGCUGCCCAGAUUGGCAUCCAGGCUUUUGGCAUAAAGAUUGACAUUAUAUAAAUUAACAAUUUUAAAAUGUUAUUCAAAAAUGGUUUUUAUAUUAUUCAACACAAUUUUUCAAUAAAUUAGAAUCGAAAAAAACAAAUUGUCAUGCAUUUAAGUGAUUUGAUCGACUUUAAUACAACAAUUAGAGUAUUGAUCUUGCUUAGCAAAGUUUAUCGUACUACAUUCAAUUGUUGUUCAUCGAUUUUCAGAAUGAACAAUUAAGUAGAAGCACAAUCGGAUCGGCUAAAUUAACAAGUCAAUUCGGUUACUUCUCUAACGAAAGUCGUUCUUCAAACAAUCUAUGAGCUCAAAAGCAGUUGUUAAUUUAGAAUUGAAUUGAUGAAAUGUAACAUGAUUUGAAUCAAAGCCACAAACUUCUCCGAUACUGUACCAAUGAAAUACUUAAUAUUUAAGACAAAAUUCAGACCAUUGGUAUGCAACUCGAGUUUAUUGCAAACAAUUACAAUUCAUAGCUCAAAAAAGUGAUCUUCCAAUGAAUAAAACUUAAUCUUAAUAUUGAAUUCGAUUCGAUGUUAACAAUUGAAUGAUAUUUUUUAAUCGCAAUAUAAAUGAAGUUGACCUAAUUUGCAUUGCAAUUUAGUGACUUGAAGAAUAAAUGCUCGUGAAAGUGUUUAUUUUUGUGUUCGUUUCAAGUGUUUGCAGAGCUUUGACUAAACAGAUUGAAACUUGGUUCAAUUGCGAUUCAAAAAGUUUACAUAAGAGACAGAAUGACUCUUUUACUGUACUUUUGAUAGAUCACAACAUGAAUUGACUCUUUAGUUUGAUUGCGAUUUGUCAGAUAAAAAGGUUCGAAGGGCUGCUCAUUAUGGGUUUCUGAUCAAUGCUGAAUCUGGUUUGCUCGUUUAAUAGUGGAAAUACAAAUGCAUCGCAAAUUUGAGUUUACAUAUCAAGUUAAAAUGCUGAUGCAAAAAUGAUUUAUUCAAUUUUUUCAAUUGUUAUUGAAUUUUCUUGCUGUUGCAUUGCUCAUGUUUACAAAUCGUAUUCAAGGUUCUAUUCAAGAGUUUUAUAAGAUAACAUGAAGGUUGCGGCUCAAAUCAUAGCGACCAGGAAUGAAAUGAUUGAAAUUGUAGGAAAUGUAAAAAGAUCUAACAAGGGAACCUUGCGAACUGUUAAUCGCCGAAUUGAAUCAAACCUAUCUCAUCGUGUAGAGCAUCAUUGAUAAUGAAAAAGUGAAACGUCGUUUUUCUGCCUAAAGCCUAUUCCCGGUACAGUGAGCGAUCAAAUUUCGAAAAAUUCGCCAAUAUCAAUGCAAGUGUGAUUUCUGAAUCUCUUUUGAAUUUCACCAAACAUAUUUCAUCUUGUAGAGCACCUUCGAUUAUUAAAAAGUGAAACUCAGUUUUUAUAUAUAAAUCUUAUUUCAAGUGCAAAUCA